AUGCACGAUGAUACCACUGUAACGACAUAUCAUCGACCAACUAAGUUUAUCCACUUCUUGAAUUGCUUUCUUGAGCGGAUCGCUUACAUAUCCGCCGAUUAUCCACGCAUAGUUAUUACGGUAAUAGUAUUACUGACGAUAUUAACAUCCUCAAAAUUAUUAUUUGUUAAACCGAAGGAUAACCUUCAGUCAGGUUAUACACCGCCAAAUGCUCGUGCCUUCAAUGAAUUAGAAGUUUUCCGAAAAUUCAACGAUGGCAAAGAUCCAGUGGUAGUAAUUAUCAUUGUUACGGCAAAAGAUGGGGGUUCCGUUACCCGAUUAUCUCAUUUGAAUGAAAUUUUGAAUAUCGUUGACUAUGUGGGGACACAUUUCCCCGUCAAAAAUUAUACCUAUUACCAGAUGUGCAGAAAUUUUUGUGAUGUCAAUGAGCCAGUUCGGCAAUUCAGAAAUGGACUACUUCUCAACACGGCGAAACAUUUCGACAAAAACAGUAGCAGAAGCAAUACAAAUAGCAACAAUGGUCAUGAUUUAAUUGAACUUUCAUUUCCUAUAAUGCAAUUAUUCGGACGUGAUCUUGAUUUAUCACCUUAUUUCUUUGGUGUUGAAUAUACAGCUGAUGGUGUAGAUCGAAUUUCUGGAACAAAUAUUAAACACGUCAAAUUAGUGGCGUUACAUUUCCGAACACAGCGACCGAACGAAUGGACCAGCGAUGAUACGUUUCACUGGGAGCGUCUUGUCGGACAUUAUUUUGAGAAUGAAUACAACAAUUCGUUAAUUCGACCAAUUGCAUUUUCGUUGGCUUAUACACAGGAUGAAAUCAUUCGUGCCGGCCUUGCGUUAAUGCCUUACAUAUUACUUGGUUUCAUUGUGAUGUGUAUAUUUGCUGUUGGUACAGUUAGCAUCAGUUCAACAUACACGAGACAGUUUUCCAAAAUCAAAAUACUCUAUGCUCUCGUGGGUUGCAUCACACCACUAAUGGCAACAUCAGCGGCUCUCGGCCUUGUGAUUUUGCUAGGUCUUCGGCCUGGUUCUAUCCUCUGCGUCACACCAUUUCUCACUCUAGCUAUAGGGGUUGAUGAUGCAUUUUUAAUGAUCAAUGCAUGGAACAGAACAGACAUGGAGACGAAGAAUGGAAGUGCUUCGCACAAAACAAUUCGGGAAAGAAUGGCAAUUGUCCUAACUGAUAUUGGGCCAUCGAUAACUAUAACAUCAUUGACAAACAUGUUAGCCUUUGGAAUUGGCAUAUUCACGACACCAACACCAGAAAUCCGAUUACUGUGUAUUGCUAAUGCAGUAGCCAUUUUCCUCGACUAUGUAUAUACUAUAACACUUUAUGCUGCUGUGUUGUGUAUUGGAGGUCAAAUAGAAACGCAGCAAAAAUGCAUUUACUCUGAACGAAAGCCUCAGGGACCAUCGAUGAUUACAGCUUUCUUGCACAAUUACUGCAAAUAUCUGUCAAGCGGUUUCACCACAACCUUGAUAUUUAUAUUGCUUGUAAUUUAUUUAACAGCGAGCAUUAAAUAUGCGCUGAUGGCGAAGGGUUGUCUGACACCAGGAAAAUUAUUUUUGGCUGAUUCACCUAUGAUUGAAGUAAAUAGGCUACACGAUAAAAUUAUCAUGCCGUCCUACACUUUCGUCACGGUGUUCAUCUUAGAACCAGGAGAUUUAAGAAAUUCAUCUAGGCGAGAGCGUAUGAAAGCACUGGUAUCUCAAUUUGAAGCAGUGCCGGGAUGCAAAGGUUCCAGAUUUACGCAUUUCUGGCUUCGUGAUUAUGAAAUGUAUUUGGAGUCAAAGAAUGAAGAAAUCAAUGAAAGUGGAUUUGAUGAUUACACCUCAAAUGAUCUGCUUAAAUUCCUAGAAUGGCCCGAAUAUGAAUCCUUAGAUCUUGAAGCAUCAGUUUAUGAAGAGGAAGCUUUAUUCACCGAUCAAAUUGAUUCGUUGGUAGCGACAACUUUGCAAACAUCUCUUGUGAUUCUGGCAUGUAUGGCAGUAGUGUGUUACAUUUUUAUGCCUGACUUUUUAGCCGUGAUGAUUGCAAUCUCAUCAACCGCAUCAAUAUGUGUUGGAGUAUUUGGCUUUUUGACUUUUUGGAAUGUCGAUGUCGAUCCGGUUUCGAUGGCAACAAUGAUUAUGUCCAUUGGUUUAUCGGUCGACUUUCCAGCUCAUAUCACUUUUCAUUACCAUCGUACUGGAUCGAAUCCGGAUCUGACAGCAGUGAAAGAACGACUUGCACAUUCCUUCAGUGCCAUUGGUUUUCCACUGCUUCAGUGCAGUUUCUCAACAGUGUUCUUUGUCUUAAUUCUAUUACUUGUUCCCAGCUAUAUGAGUGAAGUAUUUACAAAAGCGGUAGUGGUAGUAGUCUCACUGGGAACUCUUCAUGCACUAAUCGUUGUUCCAGCUGUCCUUUGCGCAUUCUCAAACAUUUAUCAGUAUUUCUUAUUUGUAAAGGAUUAUAAGGAGUUCUUGAAAGGCGCUCAAACGUUCAACUAA